AUGAACCCUCUCACAUCCCAAUGGAAGAAUCAAAUGAUCUUGGCACCCCUGACACGGGGUGGGAACUUGCCCUUUCGUCGCCUCUGUGCCGAUUUUGGCAUGUCGGUAUCCAUGAGCGAAAUGGUCUAUGCACGCUUUUUGAUCAAGGGAGAUCCCACCGAACAGGCGCGAUUGCGACGAGCAUCCAACGAAGAAUGCUUUGGAGUUCAGAUUGCCACCAACGACAUUCACGAAGGAAAAGCCGCCAUAAGCUUGGCAGCGCAAAAUGCGGAUUUUAUCGAUCUCAAUUGCGGCUGUCCCAUUUACGAAGCCACACGUCGGGGAUUGGGAUCGGCACUCUUGCGGUCGCCGGAAAAACUGGGGAAGUUGGAUACCCUGGGUCGAGAUGCCAGCAGUGUCAAUGUCUUGGAUAUUGCCAGGGCUGUACGAGAAGCUGGCGCAUCCGCCCUGACCAUUCAUGGUCGAACCGCGAUACAAGGCUAUCACAAAGCAGCCGACUGGAGUCUGAUACAACAAAUUGUGGAGGAGAAUCAGCAGUACGACGACGACAAAGCAAUGUGCAUUGUGGGAAAUGGCGAUAUCUUUACCCAUUGGGAAGCGCACAGGCGCAUCGAAGAAACUGGAGUGGAUGCCGUCAUGGUGGGAAGGGGUGCCUUGAUCAAACCUUGGAUCUUUCAGGAAUUUCAGCAACGCAAAUCCUGGGAACCAGAUCUGGAGGAACGCAUUGCCAUAUACAGACGAUUGACCUGUUACAUGAAAGAUCACUUUGGAGACGAUGAGUUGGGAAGGAAAAAGAGCUGGAACUUUUUGCCAUGGCAUUUAGAUUUCUUGGCGAGAUACACCGGGUUUCCUGAUGCCGAAUAUGCCCAUGUCAUGUCCGACGAACCACUCAUUCAGAGGAGGAAACCGCCCAGUGAUAAUAUUGCGCCGUUGGGACUACUGUUAGAGCACGGAAGCAAGGCAACUCACGAACGCAUUGCAGGCAUACUUUGGGACUCUACAUCCGACAAGGAAGCAGUGGCCAACCUCCAGUCGUUUGCUGAAAGCAAGGAAUUUGAAACCAUUCAAAACUGCCACGAAGAUGACGGCAAGAACGAGGAAACUACUGAGCUUGCCAAUAUCCGAUCGGGCGGCAAAUGGAGGAAGCGGCGAGGGCGAUCACCCAAACCCCAACGAACGCCAGAAGAGAUUGCGGCGAUUCGGGCAGAACGCGCCGCCAAGAAAGCGAGACUAGCCAUGGAAGAGACCAACGCAGCAGAAGUGGAAAGUUGA